UCAAUCGCAAGACUUUAUACCAUGAAUGAUAGGCUGUAUUUUUUGUUAGCAAUUUCUUUUAAAAUGUGAGUUUAUUAUGACACGUUUCGUUUUGUUUGCGUUUGUUCUAAGAUAUAAUGUCACUGAUGGGCUUUAUCUUCAGAGGUUCAUGCACCAAACCCCUUCGAAUGUUUGGCACAAUAACACAACGAAUUAGCAGGUUUUCAUCAAAUAGUUUGGUAGCGCUCGGAAAUUCUUAGAGCCCCCAGGGCUUCUUGUUUACUUUCAAAUUGGCAAUAGAUUAUAGUAUAACAUUUUUUAUAAGCCUAAACAAACGUAAAAACUCUCUAAAUCUCUGUAAAAGAAUUUAAGCUUUGCUUUAGUGUAAUUAAUUUUUUGAUAAUUAUAAUAUUUAUUUUAAACAAUUGCCAUUGAACAACACUAAGAGAACUAUCCUCGUUCAUCCACGAUAAAAAUGUUUUUGUUUCACAAACUUUAAGUAAACACAUAUAUCUGCUUGUUUGAUAUGUAAAUAAAGUCUUAGCAUCCUGAAUUUUUAGUGUAAUUUAAUAGUUAGUUUAUACAAGCAACUCGCGAAACAAGACUGAAGAGUGUCGUGUAACGAUAAACAGAUGUUAAGAUUAAAGAAAAAAUAAUGGCUUCUCAAAGGAAAUGUUUUGUUGUGGCUGCAAUAGGAGUUGCUCUACUCAUCUUGAUCGUUAUCAUUGUUGUCAUUGCUGUUAAGAAAGAUGAUGAUGAUGAUGGUAAUACCAAAAAAAAUGCAGCUCAGAGAUAUUCUAAAGCAGCUGUAGCCGCAGACGCUGAAAUCUGCUCCAAAGUAGGCGCUGAUAUAUUGCGACAGAAUGGCACUGCCGUGGACAGUGCCAUAGCAUCAAUGUUUUGCAUUGGUGUGAUCAAUCUUCAUUCGUGUGGAAUUGGUGGUGGAGCAUUUCUUGUGCUGUAUAAACAAAAAACUAAAAAGUUCACAGUCUACGAUUUCCGAGAAGAAGCACCGUACUUUGCUACUAGAGAUAUGUUUGUGAAGAAUCCUGAACUCUCAAGAUUUGGUGGUAUGGCAAUAGCUGUUCCUGGUUUAGUUAAAGGUUUAUGGACUCUCCAUCAGAAUCACGGCAGAUUAAAUUGGAGUUUACUGAUUGAGCCGUCUAUUAAACUUGCCGAGGAAGGGUUCAAAAUCACGAAGCCUGUCGCCAGUACCAUUAGCAAAUAUGGACAACAUCCAAAUACAUCUGAAGGUUUGAAGAAACUAAUAACUGAUGUCAAUGGUAAAAAUUUAAAGGAGGGUGAUUUGCUGGUUAACAAGGAGUUAGCUGCUACAAUGAGAAAGAUUCAAAAAGAUGCUGAAGAUUUUUACACAGGAGAAUUGGCGAAGAAGAUUGUUGAUGAUGUUAGUAAAGCUAAAGGUAACAUUACAUUAACUGAUUUGAAGAAUUACAGCGUAAAAAGAAGAAAUGUUACCAAAUUAACCUUACCAAAUGGUGAUGUACUGAACACAAUGAGCGCACCUGGUGGUGGACCCAUUCUGGCUAUGAUCCACAACAUUAUGACGGGUUACAACCUUUCUAACUACAAUUUGGAUCAAUUGGAAGAUCAAGUAGAUUACUAUCAUAAAUUGGUGGAGUCAAUGAAGUUUGCGUAUGCUCAAAGAGGACUGCUGGGUGAUCCAGACUUCGUACCUGAAAAAAAUAUUAGCCAGGUCUAUAAAAUUGUGACAGACUUAAAUGUUGGGAAAAAAAUACGAGAGAAGAAAUUGUGGAUGAAUCAAACCCACGAACCUCCUUAUUAUGGAGGAUCUUGGGGUGAAGAUGAUUUCGGCACAUCUCAUCUUUCGAUUCUAUCUGAAGAUGGAGAUGCUGUGGCAGCAACUUCUACUAUCAAUUACGCAUUUGGUUCAUUGGUUCGCUCAUUAGACACAGGGAUCAUAUACAACAAUGAAAUGGAUGAUUUCUCUACUCCAGGAGUGUCCAACUUAUAUGGCUAUCCUCCAUCUCCAGCUAACUUUAUUGAACCUCGUAAACGCCCGCUAUCCUCCAUGUCACCCUCCAUUGUAACAGAUAAAAAUGGAGAUGUGAAAAUGAUUGCAGGUGCGUCUGGUGGAUCAAGGAUUAUUUCUGGAACUGCUCAGGUCUUGUUAAAGAAGCUUUAUAUAGGAGAAGAACUUGGUGAAGCUGUUUCAUCAUUCCGAUUACAUCAUCAAGGAAUUCCAAACAACAUUACAUAUAACCCGAAAAGAGCGCCAUCGAAAGAACUUUUAAAGCGUUUAAAGAAGCUUGGUCAUACGUUCCUUGAGAAAACAUCUAUUAGCGUUGUUCAAGCAAUUUAUAAAAAGGGAGAUGUUAUAUCUGCAAUGUCUGACCCUAGAAAACACGGGAAGCCAGAUGGUUAUUAAAUUCAAAGUUUAAUGAUUAUGGUAUUUUGGGUAUUAUAGAUAAAGCAGGCCGACCACAGCGUUCCAAAUUUGUUCACAUCCUAAAUUUCCUUUAAAAUGUUGUGUCUACUUAGUUUUUUUUUACAAAUUUUAAAUAAUUUUUAUCUAUUCCCUUUAACAGCAGUUUUGCUUUUUUUAGACAUAUAAUCAGCACAUGCAUGGUAUAAAACUUUUCUUUAUUUGGUCGUGUUUUUAAGAGAAAGCCACAUGGAGACAUGGUUUCGUAAAUUAGAAUCAAAAGCUACCCCAAAACCUACCUGAAAAUCUUCCUAAUCAUAAAAUUAGAAAAUUUUUUAAAAAGCAAAUUAAAAGAUUAGUGAAAGAUUAUGUACGAAAGGUACAUACACAAAUAAAUAUAUGUUAUUAUUAUUAAUGUGUGAAGACUAAAGAACAAAAAUUGUAUAAAUUUAUAAUAUAUAUCAUACGAAUCAAUAUAAACAAUAGUUUUUAUUCUUUUUAGUCUGGCUUUUUGAUCAUGCGUGUUGGCAUUGUUAGACGAACUUUUAUCUACCUUUUUUAAAUAAAGUUUUUGCGGCGCGUGAAAAUUCUUAUAGAUUGUGUGCUUAGGGCACACUAAGUCAUACCAAGAAGUACAUUAACUUAGUUGUGUCUAAAUUACGCUUGUAUUUUGUUUGCGCGGAAGUUUCCUAAGGUCACAAUUGCGUCUGUUGACAAUAAGUAAGUAAGUAACGGGAAGUUGUAAUGUCUUUGGGGAUUCCAUCCAAAUGGCUCGCCUGCUCUGCCUCCCCUCCAACUGUAACUAUGUUACAUUACCGCCAGAGAUACGUAUAGCAUUGCUCCAACUUGCUUACCUGCCACACCAGCCGGUUAGCGGCCAGUAGAUGGUAUUAAAUAGGCUGUCAACACUACAUUUAAAGUGUGCCGAGGUGG